GAUGCCUGCGUCCCUUUUCAUGCAAAAGUCAGUUUAUAUUUAGUAAAACGAGUGACCGCAGACACCCAGCGUGGUAAUAGUGCUUAGAGCUCACGGGAGGAUUACCGGGUUUGCUUCUGUGUGUUUAUGCUUGUUUGUAUUUUCUGAAUUUUGCUCCUUGAGCCUGUAUUUCUUUUGAUUUUGGAAAAAAACGUUUUUGCAAGCUGUCAAAGUAUAAUUCUCAAAAUAUGAAGAACAUAAUUUUCAUGCAAGCAGUGAGCACUCCCGAGGUUACAUUUAACUCCUUGGUGAAGGACCCAGCAGGAUGACAAAGCCGUUCAAAAGAGAGCUGUGAAAAGAAUGCGGAGAUAAGAUAGGUUGUAGGUUAGAUACGACAUUGGGGAACAUUCUGCCUUGCAAUGAAACCACAGCCUUUUGGAUUCUCUCUUCUCCCGGGUGGCAAGGAAAAUUAUUGCUCCUUAUCAGUGUUGUAUAGGUUAACCUUGAACUUCACAGAGGGUGAAAGCCUGGGCCCCUAUCCCUGGUAAAGAGUAACUCCCAGUUAUCUGCCCUAGAAAGUCAAGUGAUCCACAGGGGGCUGUUAAGCAGUAAUGCAGCAUGACAUAAAAAAGCAUGCGAGCUUUUUUCCUCUUUUGACUUCAUUUCCAAGUUUUGGAUCCUUUAUCUUAUCCAAACACAAAAAUGCUGGUCUCUGGAGCAGUUGAGCCCCCAGUGAACAGAAGGAACUCAUAGAUGCAUGUCAGGCAGAGCUGAAAGGGUCCUGGGCACCACUGAGUCCCAUCCUGGAGACAUGGCAGCCUGGUCCCACUGCAGCACUGGAGCUAACACUCUUGUUAAUGUUUUUAAAAUGCCUGGUCCAGUGCAGUAGAACAGCAUAAACCACCAAAUCUUAUAAAGGAAAGAACAAGAUGAGGUUUGUAGAUGGAUUUUUCCCCAAAAAUAUGAAGGCUUGCAAAGAGUCAGAGAUGAGACUUUGGGCCCCUGCAGGAGUCGCUUUCCUCCUGGCUGCAGUUCCUGGACCGCUGAGAUGAAGGGCUGUUGUGCAUGGGCUUCGAAGCCUUCUGGAUUGAAAGAACAGGAUGAGUCCGUGCUAUCGGCCUCCGGUUGUACGGAGGGAAAGGAGCAGAGACUUGCAUUUAGGCUUCAGGCAACGUGAGGAAGCCCUUAAGUUGGGCUUGAGGAGAGGCAGGCACAAGGCAGUGGCACGGCAGUGACCCCAGUGUCCCAUCUAAGAUUGAAGACGGAUACAUGAGGAUCCUAGAGACCAUUGCACUGACUUCAUUUUCUUGGACAAGACGCAGUGUGGGGCCCCAGUGCCCUGUGUUGGCCCCGGGACGCAUUUGAUAGAAAAUUUAGGACCAUGAAUCUCGAGAGUGAUGGAGGGACAUCUGAGAGCAUCUUUGACCUGGACUACGCGUCGUGGAAGAUUCGCUCAACGCUGGCUGUCGCAGGCUUUGUCUUUUACCUGGGCGUCUUUGUGGUCUGCCACCAGCUGUCGUCCUCCCUGAACGCCACCUACCGCUCUCUGAUGGCCAAAGAGAAGGUCUUCUGGAACCUGGCGGCCACUCGCGCCGUCUUUGGUGUUCAGAGCACGACUGCGGGUCUGUGGGCGUUGCUGGUGGACCCUGUACUUCAAGCUGAUAAAGCGCGUGGCCAGCAGAAGUGGUGCUGGUUUCACGUGGCAACGGCAACUGGAUUCUUCUUCUUUGAAAAUGUAGCCGUUCACCUGUCCAACUUGUUCUUCCGGACCUUCGACUUGUUCUUAGUUGUCCACCACCUCUUUGCCUUCCUUGGAUUUCUUGGCUCAGUGGUCAAUCUCGAAGCCGGCCACUAUCUAGCCAUGACCACGUUGCUCCUGGAGAUGAGCACCCCCUUCACCUGCAUUUCCUGGAUGCUCUUGAAGGCUGGCUGGUCCGACUCUGUGCUCUGGAAGCUGAACCAGUGGCUGAUGAUCCACAUGUUCCACUGCCGCAUGGUUCUGACCUACCACAUGUGGUGGGUGUGCUUCUGGUACUGGGACAGCCUGCUCAGCAGCCUCUACCUGCCUCACUUCGCCCUCUUCCUCGUUGGACUGAGCCUCCUCACACUAGUACUUAAUCCGUAUUGGACCCAUAAGAAGACGCAGCAGCUUCUCAAUCCAGUGGAUUGGAACUUUGCACAGCCGGAACCCAAGAGCAGGGCCAACGGCCAGGUCCUCCAGAAGAAGGCGCGGUAGCUGCUGGGGACCCGGGGACCCGGGGAAGCAGCGGCUGGCGGGCGGACCUGAGGGUCCCGCAGUAGUGACUGUGUCACAGUGAAGUAGCAAGGCUCUGCGUCUAGUGCUUUUUCUACGUGAGACUAACUCGUGUUUCUUUAGCAUUAAUUUCCAAGUAGCCACAAAGUAUUUUUAAAACCUUGAUUUGCUUUCAGGAGCAGAUUUUUGCAUCGUAAUUUCGUUGCCUGUUAUGAGUGUACCAUGCGGGGCCGUGUUUAUCCUCAAGGAAGGGUCCGUGGCUAGAGGGUGGGCUUUGUUUGAACACGUGAGGAGACUUCAUACUAGAAGUGGCAUGUGGUAGGGGGUCAGGUCAGCGUCGAUUCUUUCUAGUCACAUGUUCCACGCUGUGUGUUUCUUACUCAAAAGUCGUGUUCUGCUUAGUUGGAAAGAAUUGCCCUAAAAUAGAAAAUAACACCAUUUGUUACCCUUGUUAAAAUUUCCCGGGGAAUGUGCGCGGCAGUGCCAUCUAGUGGCAGAACGGUGUACAGAGCCCGGCCUCGUGUGUACCCACCUGAUGUGAAUGUGGGCAGUGAGUUGACGUCGUGAGAUUUUCUUUUUUUUAUCAAGGAUGCUACAUUAAAACAAGAAUUUUGAAUUCACAUUGUAUUGCACAAUUGACAAAAUAAGGUAGAUAUUGAGUAAUCAGACUCGUCUAGAUUUCAGGCUGUUUUUAGUUGACCAACAGGUGCCCCAACAAGACUGUAACUCCUUGGUUGGUGUUUCUCUGUAGAUUUCCAGACAGGGUAGUGGUCACUUUUCCCUGCGAGCUGUCGGGUCGACCUUGCCCGCAGAGAUGCUUGGCUGCAGGGUCUGAGGUCCCAGAACGUCGGAGGCAGACCUCCAGGCAGGCGUUAGAGCCGCCUUCCUCAGCUGUCUGAGGAUGGUCCCCAGGUACCUUGUUUCACUGUGUUCACAGUGCCGGGAUAGAAUUCAUACCCAACCUGGCAAUUUUACUGGCAGAUAUACAGACAUUCUUGCCGUAAGUGUACAUUAAAAUUAAAAGUUUAUUUUUAUUGAAAGCACCUUUGAAGUGUUUGUGAAAAAUGCGUCAUGUUUAUUGGUUGUAAAAAUCGUGUGACUUGUGCUUGUUAUGUAACACAGAACUCGCAGAAUACUGUAUUUUGAUUACUGGUACUUUGACUAUAUCAAUUAUGCUUGGGUCAUAUGUAUUACCUAUUUAUCUCAUUUUAAAAAGUAAUGUAAAUCUCAGAAAUGUCCAGCAAAUCGUGUCUCUGCUAGACUACUAACUGAGAGCCCGUGGCUCCCUGCCGGCCUGCACUCGUGCCCCUUCUCGUGGAAGGAGACGGGGCUGUCUUCCAACCGCGCAGAAGUUUAAUAAAGCGACUGAUGUUUACAGA